AUGGAAAUAAAUGUCCCUUUCCAUCUGUCAUUGCGUGAUGAUGGUUCUUCUCAUGCUGAUGAUUGUCAUACCCUCUACUCAUCUACACCUUAUUCAUUCAGCCAUCAUUUACUCACUUUUGGAUUAAUCCUUGUAUUGAGUGGGGAGGUGUAUGAAAAAAGAGAAGUUUCCAGUGCUACAGACAUUGUUAAACAUGAUGAAUUUGAAGGCAGUGGUGCUUUGCCAUCGUCGUCAGAAAAGGGAAAAAUUGGGGCUGCAGAAGCAGAUAUAGAAUGGGACUCAUCUGGUGUCAGCCCAGAUGAUGAAGAUGGAGAUGUUGUGGAAGGUUCUGGAACUCAGAUCGAUGAGAUUGCUGGUUCUGGUAGUAUACCCGUGGUGAACACCACUCCGAUAUAUAUCUUCAACACCACUCAGUCAACUACGCCAUAUCCUUCCUUUGACGUCCACGAAAUUGCCCGUGGAAUGGGUGGGAAAGAUGUAGCUGUUGAAGAGGUGGCUCCUAUGAUGACGAUGAAAAGUAUAACAACACAAACAUGGACUAUCACGUCGAGGAGGCCAUCAGUGAUCCCUGCGACACGGCUAGCAGAAGAAACCCCGCCACCAAGUAUAUUCGAAGAAAAACACAGUAUUCCAUUGAGCUCAUUGCUGAAGCCAGGUGUUCUAGCCGCAGUGAUUGGUGGCAUAGUUGUUGGUAUCUUAGCUGCAAUUCUACUAGUGAUGUUUGUUGUUUAUCGAAUGCGGAAGAAAGACGAAGGUAGUUAUGCAUUGGAUGAACCAAAACAACCUCCAAAUUAUUCCUAUGCGUAUCAAAAGGCACCGACCAAGGAGUUUUACGCUUAA